CUAGAUAAUAAUAGAAGCCUGCAUUCGAAAAUAAUGAGCAGAAAAGAUGUAAUUAAAACCAAAAGAAGAAACGUGGCAGCGAUUAACGAGUCAUAAAAUGGGCGGGAGCACACACAAGAUAUUCCUUUUGCCUUUUACCUCCCACCACUCCAUUCCCCUUCUUUAAGUUAUUUUCAGUAGGCGCAUAUUUAUCGUUUGGGGGCGUUCAUUUAGUUCGGGCUUAAAGAUAUUACAUUUUUAAAAACAUUUUAAAACAAAUUGAAUUCUAAAUCCUACUGUUAUGGCUAGCAACAAGCUUACUAAUUUUUUGAGAAGUCUAACCAAGCUCUCUAAUUCCAACAAUGUUGUUCCUAUUUAUAUUUCCAAGAGGAAUUAUGCUGCCGUUAAAAGAAUUGCAGCAGCAAAUCCGGUGGUGGACAUGGAUGGAGAUGAAAUGACGAGGAUUAUUUGGGCUAAUAUAAAGGAAAAUCUUAUAUUUCCCUAUGUUAAGGUAGAUGUUAAGUAUUACGAUCUUGGUCUUCCUCAUAGAGAUGCAACUAAUGAUCAAGUUACUAUAGAUGCUGCACAAGCUGUUAAAAAGUACUGUGUUGGAAUCAAAUGUGCAACCAUCACCCCAGAUGAGGCUCGUGUUGAAGAAUUUAAUCUGAAGAAGAUGUGGCUUUCACCUAAUGGCACAAUUAGAAAUAUUCUUGGAGGCACUGUGUUCAGAGAGCCUAUUAUAUGUAAAAAUAUACCACGUAUUGUGCCAGGAUGGACAAAACCUAUCGUGAUUGGUAGGCAUGCCCAUGGUGACCAGUACAAAGCUUCCGACCUUAUUGUUUCAACACCUGGAACGGUUGAAAUGGUGUAUACUAACAAUAAAGGUGAGAAACAAACAAUUUUAGUGUUUAAUUACAAAUCUCCGGGCAUUGCUCUUGCCAUGUACAACACUGAUGAGUCCAUAGAAGCAUUCGCUCAUUCUAGUUUUCAGGUAGCUUUACAAAAGAAUUGGCCAUUGUAUUUAUCUACUAAAAACACUAUUUUGAAGAAAUACGAUGGAAGAUUCAAAGACAUAUUUCAAGAAGUUUAUGAAAGGAAUUAUAAGGUUGACUUUGACAAGGCUGGAAUAUGGUACGAGCACAGGCUUAUUGAUGACAUGGUUGCACAAUGCUUGAAGUCCAGUGGUGGAUUUGUUUGGGCUUGUAAGAAUUAUGACGGAGAUGUACAGUCAGAUAUAGUAGCUCAAGGAUAUGGAUCUUUGGGUUUGAUGACUUCAGUCCUGAUGUGCCCCGAUGGUAAAACAAUCGAAGCUGAAGCAGCUCACGGCACAGUGACCCGUCAUUACAGGUUACAUCAAAAAGGCCAGCCUACUUCAACUAAUCCAAUAGCUUCUAUUUUUGCUUGGACCCGUGGCCUACAACAUAGAGCUAAACUAGAUGAAACACCUGAAUUAGCAAGGUUUGCUUUGGCUUUGGAAGAGGCCUGUGUCAAGUGUGUAGAGAGUGGAAAGAUGACAAAAGAUUUAGCAGCCUGCAUUCAUGGGCUGCCAAACGUGAAGGAAGGAAUGUACCUUCAUACUGAAGACUUCCUUGUUGCAAUUAAGGAUACAUUGGAUCAUACUUUGUCCUCUCCCCGUUAAUAUUCGAUUUAUUAAUGUAUGAACAUAAUUCCCUCCAGCAUUUAGCAUUGUGACUAAAUGCUGACCAGAUUCCUCUGAUUUUGUUUUUUAAUAAAGGAGGAAAACAGUGCCAUUAAAUAUGAUAUGACAUAUCUGGAACAUUAAGCAAGUAUUUAAAAAAAAAAAUUAUAUCAAGGCUUAAGUUAUCCUUGAAUAUUUCAACUAAAAUCGGUAUUUUAAUGUUUUUCUUAAGAUAAAAUCUUGAGUUCAUUAUACAGAACAAAAUGAUUUUAAGUCAUUGUUGCUUAAAAAAACAAAACAACAUAAAAAUAUAUUUAUUCUUGGUCAAUAUAGAAAUAUUCCUUCAUAAAAUUCUGUAGCAGUUUUAUAUUAAAAAGUUCACUUGAAGCUAAUUAUUACAAAAAGAUUUAAGUGUGAUGAAACAUUAUCAUCACUCACUCUACUUGACCUAACACUAAAUAAUAUUCAAUUAUUGUGAUAUUUAGUUGAUGACAAUUGAAAUUGUCAAUGUGCAGUAGCUGUUACAUCUAAAAUGUAUACUUAAUUAUAAUAGUUGAAGGAUUUAGUAUCCUGCAUGUAUUUUUUAUAACAUCUUAAAAAAUGUUAUAUUUUUUUACGUGUGCACAUCUAAAAGAUCAAGCUGAAUAAGUAUUUGCUGUUUAAUAAGACUGAUAUUCAUGUAAAAUAUUAUAUAGUAUAAAUUUAUCAUCUAUUUAAUGAUAACUGUUAUUUUAAGUUUCUAUGAAAAAUAAAGAUGAUCAAAAUGGUUUUACUGUCAA